AUGGCGAAGGCUAAGAUUGCGGUAGUCAUCGUCAUCCUUGCUCUGCUUCAGGUCUCAUGCGCCACAGCCCGGAAGAAGCACAAGCCCGAUGGCGGCAGCGGCGGCACCUCUGCUGUGAUGACGGUGAACGGGUUCGAGAAGGGUGGGACCGGUGGAGGCCCGUCGGAGUGCGACGGCAAGUACCACGACGACGACGACCUGAUCGUGGCGCUGUCCUCGCGGUGGUACGAGGGAGGGAAGAGGUGCCAGAAUAAGAUCCGCAUCACGAGCAAGGACACCGGGAAAACCGUGGAGGCCACGGUCGUGGACGAGUGCGACUCCAACCGCGGCUGCAAGAACAACAUCGUGGAUUCCUCUCCCGCCGUCUGGAAGAAGCUCGGGCUCGAUACUAAGGUCGGCGAGGUCCCCGUCACCUGGUCCGACGCCUGA